AGCUAAGCAAGUAGCCACCGAAGAAGCUUUUUAAGCACCGUCUGAUUUUGGUUUCUCCCUGGGGUUUCGACGGUUUGGUUGAAAACAACAACAACAACAACAACAACAACAACAACAACAACAACAUUUGGGUCGGGAGACAGUCCGUGUAACUGGGGCUGACACGGAAAAGGAGGGUUGUGUUGCAAUACGAAGCAGACAUCACCACUGGCUCCUCUUUGUUAAUUAGCUAGCUAAGUUGGCUAACUAGCCAGAUAAGCUGAUGGGAGUUCCUUCCUGUCAUUUUGACUAUACGCCUGUUUAUAGACUGGGAAAUCACACUAGUGAACAGAAGAGGCGGUUCGUGUGCGAUUCAAAGUAUAUGGACAUAGCUAGAUAGCUUGCAAGCUAGCUACACCCACGGAUGUCUAUUGUGGCAAAGUUCAAUCUCUAACGUGGUUCUCUUGUUAGGCUCGCUAAUGAUUGAUUCUGGCAGGGGUAACAUGCAAGUAACCUGCUUGUUGUUGUCAUUGAGCUAUUUUGACAGCUAAGUCCAUCAACUGUAGUGGAGACAACCAGUUGUCAAGUCUCUGAACUCUAGUGCUUGUCCAUGAGACCACCCCAUGCAGGUUCCGGGAGAAGAAAUGCAUUGGACUAUAUGAUUUUUCAGGGACGUCAUUAAGAGCACAGGAACACCCACUUGUGUACAGACGUGUCAGAGAUUAAAUGGGUGCAAAGCUGUUUUGCUGGCCACAGGGUUCUCCUGGCAUUGCCAUGAUGCUGAGAGCCCUACUCCUUACAGGCCUUCUUAGCUGGGCCAAUGGCCAGGAAGGUCAGGCCAUGUUACCUGAAGAAAAGAGCCAAAUCAGGGACCAGAUCGUUGAGAUGUUCGAUCAUGCCUAUGACAGCUAUAUGAAAUACGCGUACCCAGCGGACGAGCUGAUGCCCCUGAGCUGCAGGGGGAGGGUGCGUGGUCUGGAGCCCAACAGGGGAGACAUCGACGACUCUCUGGGGAAACCUUGUAUGUAACACUUAGCAUGGAAACACAAUAGAGGAUGGCUAUGGUGAAGCUGACAUGGAGCAGGAUCUAGGUUGUGUUGUGUGUGCAGAAGUUCAUCCUCCUGACCUGGGUCACAUUCAUUAAGCACCAAAUGGAAGAAGACGGGCUGAAACAGGGUUCUCCCUCACUCUGAUUGACACCCUGGAUACUCUGGUGGUGUUGAACAAGCUGGACGAGUUUGAGGAUGCGGUGAGGAGGACGUUGAGGGAUGUCAGGCUGGACAACGAUGUGGUGGUGUCUGUGUUUGAGACCAACAUCCGAGUCCUGGGGGGCCUGCUGGGGGCACAUACGAUGGCAGACAUGCUCCGUCAGCGGGGGGAGAGGAUGCAGUGGUACAGAGAUGAGCUGCUCCACAUGGCCAAGGAGCUGGGCAACAGACUGCUCCCUGCCUUUAACACCACCAGUGGCCUUCCUUACCCCAGGGUAAACCUGAGGUACGGGGUCCUUAAUCCCCUGUCACGCACAGGCACUGAGUCGGACACCUGUACAGCCUGUGCAGGGACCAUGAUUCUAGAGUUUGCUGCUCUCAGUCGGCUGUCUGGGGAGGCCGUGUUCGAGGAGAAUGCUAGGAAAGCCCUGGACGUCCUGUGGGAGAAGAGACAGAGAGGAAGUGACCUCGUGGGCACAGUCAUUAAUAUCCACAAUGGUGACUGGGUGCGCAGGGACAGUGGUGUGGGUGCUGGCAUUGACUCCUACUAUGAGUACCUGAUGAAGGCUUACGUUCUGCUGGGAGACAACGUUUACCUGGAGAGGUUCAACACUCAUUACAGAGCCAUCAUGAAGUACAUCAGCCAGCCUCCGCUGCUGCUCAACGUGCACAUGCACAACCCCACGGUGAGCGUCCGCAGCUGGAUGGACUCCCUACUCGCCUUCUUCCCCGGCCUGCAGGUCCUGAGAGGAGACCUAAAGCCAGCCAUAGAGACCCAUGAGAUGCUCUACCAAGUCACCAAGCAGCACAAGUUUCUCCCCGAGGCUUUCACCACCGAGUUCAGAGUUCACUGGGGUCAACACCCUCUGAGACCAGAGUUUGCAGAAAGCACCUACUACCUCUACAAGGCCACAGGCGACCCCUACUACCUCAGGGUGGGCCAGUCCAUAGUGGAAAAACUCAACGCCCAUGCCAGGGUACCUUGUGGGUUUGCAGCUGUGCAGGACGUCCGGACAGGGGCCCACGAGGACAGGAUGGACUCGUUCUUCCUGGCGGAGAUGUUUAAGUACCUGUACCUUCUGUUCUCUGAGAAGAACCAGCUUCCCUUCGACAUCGACGACUACAUCUUCACCACCGAGGCCCACCUGCUGCCUGUCUCCCUGUCCACCUCACAGCCCCCUUGGCGGGGCAACAGCACGGAAGCGCCCACUGCCUUGGAGGAAGACCUGUUUACCUACUCCUGCCCCAGCACCCAGACCCUUUUCCCCAACAACCCCUCCUUCGCCAAGACCAUAAGGGACAGCUACAAGUACCUGACUGGGGUGGGCCGAGCCUUCCACGCGUCACCUGUCAGGGGCAUCGAGCUGCCGCUUCACGACCACGGUAUGGAGCCUGUUGAGUUUCUGAGAAACAUGGGCAUCUCCCUCACCCCACUGAGCGAGGCUGGGGCAACAGGGACACCGGGGGAGGUACAUAAAGGUGUUUACAGGGUGAAACUGGUGGCAGAGGAGGAAGAAGUAGAGCCUCUCCUCGUUCAGCUCAUAUCCCCCCCGUUUCUGGGUAGAACGGUCCUGACUGCAGGACCAGCUAAGUUUGGAGUGGACCUUACCAAGCAGGAGCACGGGGUGAAGGGCAGCAUCGUGAAGACCUCCCCUUACACAGCGUGUGGACCCAUAGAGAAUGCUGAGGAGCUGAGCGGGCACAUUGCCCUGGCACUGCGUGGCGACUGCAUGUUUGCUGCCAAGGCCCACAGGCUACAAGAGGCUGGGGCUAUCGGAGUCAUCUUCAUAGACCACCGGGAGGGGAGUAACAGCGCAGAGACGCCCCUGUUCCAGAUGGUGGGAGACGGAGGGUCCACAGCUGACAUCACCAUCCCCCUGGUGUUCCUAUUCAGCCAGGAGGGGGCGCUGCUCACCUCUGCUCUGGAGGACCACAGCAACGUAGACGUACUGAUGCUGCCCAAAGAGAGGCGGCUAGGAAAGACAACAGACAAAGCAGACAAGCCCCUGGGGAAGAUGAACAUCAAGUUCCGCCUGGCGGAAGAGGGGGAGCUGGAAGACGGAGAGGCCAGAGGCCCCACCCUGCAGUUUGUCCUGGAGAAGGGAGAGGUAGUGUUGGAGGAAGAGGAUUACAAACAGCAAGGAGACGGCUGCUUGACACCUGGAGACGAUCAUAUGCCAUGUUUCGACGGACAAACUGCUGCCUCGCCUCCCUCCCACAGCGCCAACGACCCCAAUACAGACCCCUGAUCUCAGUUAGGUUCCUCAACCCCCUCCCACUGACCAAGGGCCUGGGCUCCCCAGCACUGAUCCCUGGUCGGUGUCCAGAGGCACGUUGAUGUGCCAGACAGGGCCCUGCUGCACGCUCUGGACUGGACUGACUCAAAAGGGGACCUUAGCAGUGUGACAGUCAAUCCCAUUGACUCAUUCACUACCCCUUUUAAAAUCUGAGGGUGGUCUCGUACAGUUGAUAAGUUAUUGGAACUGCAGUAUUUAUUAAUGUCUAGGAAGGGAUGGGCAUGGGGCAGGUAGCUAGUUAGUCUUACCUUGCUACUGUAGCCUCAAGCCAACUCAGUUGUGUUGUGAAGAUGACCGAUUUAGUCAGAUGUGUUGUUAUCAAUUCUCUCUUACAAUCAUUUCAGAGAAAUAGCUGAGGUAAGCGUGGGAGGGGAUAUUGGGCUGAUAUAGGGAACACAUAGCUGAGGUAAGCGUGGGAGGGGAUAUUGGGCUGAUAUAGGAAACACAUAGCUGAGGUAAGCGUGGGAGGGGAUAUUGGGCUGAUAUAGGAAACACAUAGCUGAGGUAAGCGUGGGAGGGGAUAUUGGGCUGAUAUAGGAAACACAUAGCUGAGGUAAGCGUGGGAGGGGAUAUUGGGCUGAUAUAGGGAACACAUAGCUGAGGUAAGCGUGGGAGGGGAUAUUGGGCUGAUAUAGGAAACACAUAGCUGAGGUAAGCGUGGGUGGGGAUAUUGGGCUGAUAUAGGAAACACAUAGCUGAGGU